AUGGCUGCGCCCAGCGAAGUGUCCGCAGCACCCUCCAGUGAAGGCGAUGGAGGGGCGGGCAACUUUGAAUCGUGGCUGGACGGACGUUUGGAGGUUUUGGGAGUAGACCAAGCCGUUUAUGGCGCCUACAUCCUGGGUGUCCUGCAAGAGGAAGAGGAAGAAGAGAAGCUGGAUGCUCUUCAGGGUAUCCUCUCUGCUUUCCUGGAAGAAGAUUCCCUCCUUAACAUCUGUAAAGAGAUUGUGGAACGAUGGUCUGAAACUCAGAAUGUUGCCACCAAAGUGGAAAAAGAAGAUGAGGUACAGGCCAUUGCCACCUUAAUUGAGAAGCAGGCACAGAUUGUGGUGAAGCCCAGGAUGGUGUCAGAAGAAGAGAAGCAGAGAAAAGCUGCUGUCCUGGCCCAGUAUGCUGAUGUGACUGAUGAAGAGGAUGAAGCAGAUGAGAAGGAGGAUUCAGGUGCCACUACAAUGAACAUUGGUUCUGACAAAUCUCUGUUCCGAAACACCAAUGUGGAAGAUGUCCUCAAUGCUCGAAAACUGGAGCGAGACUCGCUUCGGGAUGAAUCACAGAGGAAGAAGGAACAGGACAAGCUGCAGAGGGAGAAGGACAAACUAGCCAAGCAGGAACGCAAGGAAAAGGAAAAGAAAAGGACACAGAGAGGAGAACGAAAGCGAUAACCUUGGUCUGCUCUAUUCUUUUCAUGAACUUGAUGAAAGGGAGAACUGGUUGUGCACAUGGUAUUUAAGAGGAAUGAAAGAACAUUGGAGAGUGAUUUCCCAAGACAUUUAUCCCCUUUUGUUUACAUAGUCAAAAGGAAAAUCACAGAUGCUUCUAAUUACAAAAUGUGCCAUGUUUCUGCAGUGUGGGUCAUCAGAUUAUUGUAGUGGAUGUCUGUACCAAAGAUCUGGAAUGGGGGCAACCUUUAUAUUUUAUAAUAGUAAAGCCCUGUGCUCCUUUUUGCCAUUUCGAAAAGUCUUCCCUCACCUUGGAUAAACAGAAAUAUUCAGGAAAGCUAACAGAGUUUUCAUCUUAAAGGAGCAGAAAUGAUAGACAUUCCUCCCUUGAGAUGAAAUUUGGGUGUAAAUUGCUUCAGAAAUAAAUGCUUCUGGAGUUAGUCUUGUAUUAUGAUUGGAAUAGAAAGCUAAUGAAGUAAACCUUGGAUCCAGAUUUUAUGUUACAUGACAACAUACUAGAAAAAUGAGAAGACAUUGCUUGAUCUAUGUUCUACAACUGACAGUUUAAAAAAAAAAAUUUUUUUUUUAAUUAUCUUUAUUUUAUUUGAUAGAGACAGCCAGAAAAUCAAGAGGGAAGGGGGUGAUAGAAGGAGAGAGUUUUCUUGUUUUUUUUUUUUUUUAAGGUUCCAGUCUAUGGAAGAAAACUAUCUCUUUUAAGUAGAGAUAGUUACAUAUUUUUCCUUUCUAGGCUGUGAUUUUAAGGAUGUGUCAGUAUUGGGUAUAAGGAUAUCAUUGUUAGCUAGAUUCAGUUUUAUAAUCAUGAAUCCUCUUGAGUGCUAGUAGAGAUUUUAGUCCUGAUUUUCCCUAAAACAUGAGACCUGAUAAUUAUAGGUUUAGAGAAAGUGGAGAAGCCACCCUUUUUAAGGAAGAAACACUGGAAAUCUCUGCUAAUACAAAAAUAUUUAAGUGUGUAUAUAGAAGGUGCUCAACAAAUGUAUUGAGUUGAAUGAGUGGGAAAAUCGGGAGAGUCAAAAGUGAGCAGGAACUCUCCAUUUUUAAUUUUGUCAAAAAUCACACUCAGUUUUUAAAUAAGGUCUUUCUCAGCUUUGGGUUGCAAACUGGCAAGCCUGAAGAAAGCAACUUCUCUGACAAGAAAGUAGAUAUUUUAUACCAGAUGUUGGCAAGCCAAGUAGCCUGCAAACCGAGUUUGGCUCAUUUGGUCUUUUGUAUGGUGUAAUAGUGGUUUUUACAUAUUUUAAAGGGUUAUAAAAGAGACUAUAAGACCAUGUAACUUCUAAAACACAAAAUAUAAGUUCUUUUGGAGAAAAAAGUUUGCCAACCUCUGUUUUAUAUCAUUAACAAUGAGAUUAACAAUAAUGCUUACCUUUGUUUAGGAGGUAAAAACAAGUAUGGUUAAGGAAAAGAUGUUACCUAUAUACACAUAACCAUGACAUUGCAAAAAAAAAAAAUUUAAAAACCCACCUUUUUAAAAAAUAAACCUUAUUUAAAUUACUGA